UAGUAUUUCUUAUAAUUAAAUUUCUUAUGUAAUAUUUAUAUUCAUAUAUUUUUAUAUAAUUAAUUAUAUUUUUAGUUUUGUAUGUAAAGAAUUGCUAUAACUAAAUGUAUUGAUUUUAUAUUGUACGUUUCACUUUUGUUAUCGUGUAUGUAACCUCUUAUUAUUAUAGUUUGAUAACAAAUGUAAAAAUUAUAAUAAAAUUAAUAAAGUUUCUUAUUGUAUAAAAAUAUAUAUCAUUAUGCCAGAAAAUAAAGAAAAAGAAGAAGAAAAACCUGUUGUUGCAAAAACAGCAAUUGAUUUACAACGAUUAAAACUUCAAAAAUUGAUGAAAAAUCCGGAAAAACCUAUUAUAUUACCAGAACGACCUAAAGCUAAAAGUACACCUACAGUACCAGAAUUUGUUCGUAAUGUAAUGGGUAGUAGUGCUGGUGCUGGUAGUGGAGAAUUUCAUGUAUAUAGACAUUUAAGACGUAAAGAAUAUGCACGACAAAAAUUUAUUCAAGAAAAAGGUCAUAAGGAACUUUUAGAUGCAGAAUAUCAUAAAAAAAUUGAAGAAAAUAAAAGAAUAGCUAAGGAAAUAACUGCAAAAAAAAGAGCAAAAAGAUUAAAAAAAAAACAAAAAUGGAAACAAAAAAAAAAGAUAAAAACUACAAAUAUAGAACAACAUAGCAAGAAUGAAAAUAAUAUAUAUUCUUCAGAAGAAGAAAAUUUAAAUAAACAGGAAUUAAAUAAUAAAAAUGAUAAAAUAGUUAAAAAUAUAUUAAAUUCAAAAGAUUUUAGUCAAUCCGAAGAAUCAAAUUCUAUUGCAAAUACAAAUAAAAAUAAAAUUAAUAGUAAUAUAGAAUAUAUAGAUAUAAAUGUAAACAAUUCAGUUCCUUAACAAAAAUAAAUAACAUUUGGA